GCAGGGAAUGGUGCCUCAUGUCACAGUCGUCUGCGCGCGCUGAUUUGUCUCAUUAGUCAAGUCCAAUAUUGUUAUUAAUGUGCUCUGUCAUCCUGAAAAUUAUUUUGAAAAUAAUUUAACUUCAAUUUAUUGCAUAGUUGUUUCAAAUCUUUGCAAGAAAUAGCUUCAAAAUGAGGCUUGAUGUGGAUGGUCUGGAGGUUCUCUUCCCCUAUGAAUUUAUAUAUCCUGAGCAAUACUCCUACAUGCUUGAUCUCAAAAGGGCUCUAGAUGCUAAGGGUCACUGUUUGCUUGAGAUGCCUUCAGGGACUGGUAAGACCAUCACUCUGCUGGCUCUGAUUGUGUCAUACCUAAGGGGCAAUCCACACAAUUUAUCCAAACUCGUUUACUGUUCCCGGACCAUUCCAGAAAUUGAAAAGGUAAUAGAAGAGUUGAGAAAUCUUUUGAAGUAUAUUGAAGAAUCUACUGGGAAGCCUCCAAACAUCACGGGUCUGGCCCUAGCAUCACGCAGAAAUCUUUGUAUACAUCCUGAAGUGAGCAAAGCUCGAGACGGCAAGGUAGUGGACAGUGGAUGUUAUGCCCUCACUGCUUCAUACGUGCGCACCAGAGCUCAGCGUGAUGAGAGCAUUGGGCGGUGUGAUUUUUUUGAGGAGUUUGAUCUUCAUGGACGGGAGUUUCCCAUACCUUCUGGCUGCUAUAACCUUGAUGAUCUCAAAGACUUUGGCAGAAAAAAGAACUGGUGUCCUUAUUUUCUUGCCAGACAUGUUGUGAACAGUGCACAGAUUGUUGUCUACAGCUACCACUAUUUACUGGACCCUAAAAUUGCAGAAAUUGUCUCUAAGGAAAUGAAGAAAGAAACUUGUGUAAUUUUUGAUGAAGCCCACAACAUUGACAACAUCUGCGUGGACAGCAUGAGCAUCAACCUUAACAAGCGCGUGCUGGAUAAAGCCAAAACCUGCAUCAAUAGCCUCAGUGAACAUGUCUCAAGAAUAAAAGACUCGGACCAGUCACGGCUGCAGGACGAGUAUCAGAAGCUGGUGGCUGGUCUGCGUAUGUACAACAUUUAAUGUGAUGAGAAGCUUCAUUAAGAUAUUGCUUUAAUUACAGACAACAUUCCCGGGACGAUCAGAACGGCAGACCACUUCAUCCAGUUCCUACGGCGCCUGGUGGACUACGUGAAGAUGCGGCUGAGCGUGAGCCACGUCGUGCACGAGAGUCCUGCCUCCUUGCUCAGGGACAUCAAGACGCGUGCCUUCAUUGACAGGAAGCCGCUCAGGUUUUGCUCAGAGAGGCUGUCAUCAAUGGUGCGUACGCUGGAGCUGACAGACCUCGGCGACAUCAGCCCGCUGGUGAGCGUGGCGCAUUUCGCUACACUCCUCGCCACUUACCUUCACGGCUUCACGAUCAUCAUCGAGCCCUACGAGGACAAGGCGCCUAAUGUACCCAACCCCACGCUCUUCUUCAGAUGCCUGGACUCGAGCAUCGCCAUCAAGCCGGUGUUCAGCAAGUUCCAGACCGUGGUGAUCACAUCAGGCACGCUGUCUCCUCUCGACAUGUACCCUAAAAUCCUGGACUUCAACCCUGUCGUGCAGAACUCGUUCACGAUGACCCUAGCCCGGCCCUGUAUUUUGCCCAUGAUCGUCACUAAAGGCAACGAUCAGGUGGCCAUGUCAUCAAAGUUCGAGAGCCGAGAAGACCCAGCAGUGGUACGCAACUACGGCAAGCUUCUCGUCGAGAUGGCCACUACUGUGCCUGAUGGCAUGGUGUGCUUCUUCACGUCGUACCUGUACCUGGAGAGCGUGGUGGCCACGUGGUACGACCACGGCAUCAUCAACGACCUGCAGCGCCACAAACUUGUCUUCAUAGAGACGCAGGACGACGCCGAGACGUCGCUUGCUCUUCUCAACUACACCAAGGCAUGCGAACGCGGCCGCGGUGCAAUCCUGCUGGCGGUCGCUCGAGGCAAAGUGUCAGAAGGCGUUGACUUUGAUCACCACUUCGGGCGGUGCGUGGUCAUGAUGGGCAUCCCUUUCAUGUACACACAGAGCCGCAUUCUUAAAGCCAGGCUCGAGUAUCUCAGAGAUCAAUUCAACAUCCGCGAGAACGACUUCUUGACGUUCGACGCGAUGCGUCACGCGGCGCAGUGCGUGGGCCGCGCCAUGAGAGGCAAGACUGACUACGGUAUUUUGCUCUUUGCCGACAAGAGAUUCGCUCGAGCGGACAAGCGCAGCAAAUUGCCCAAGUGGAUACAGGAGCACCUCGCAGACAACAAGUGCAACCUCUCCACUGAGGAAGCUGUACAGCUGUGCCGGCCUUGGUUGCGGCAGAUGGCGCAGCCGUUCACCAGAGAGGACCAGCUCGGGAUCUCGCUGCUUACCAAAGAACAAAUUUCGUCCCCCGAAUGUAUAGAAAGAAUACAGAAGCAUGCUCAUCAAGCCCAUUAAAUAGGACGGAACAUAUUAGAUACUAUUUGGAACAGUCCGCCUAAACUUCAUAUCACACUCCAGUCAAAGAAAAUUUAGACGAGUGCAGCGGAGAUUAACAUAGUAUAACUAUUGCGAGGAUAUUUCAAAUGUAAACACUAUCAUCAAACAUUCAAAUGUAUUCUAUUUGUAUACAUGGUCAAGAUACUAUGACAAACAUGAUAUACACUCUGAAAUAAACAAAAUGUUGCUGCAAACGUGUGCUCUAAUGUCCUGGUAAUUAGGUGUUAACACGCAGAAAAACUCAAAAUAUUGGAAUAAACGCACAUUGAAGUUCUCCGAACGUCAAGACUAUUUUCAACUAACAUUGCCUUCGGUACAAAAUAUGUGCACAUUUUCGAAUUGGACAUCUGAAUAUUUCAAACUCUAUCCUCACCAAUGAGAAAGCUGUAAUUAAGAAGUUAGGUCCUAGUUUCCUCAUGGACCAUUACAAUAUCGAACAAAGCGGGUCCCUGUUCUGUCAUCAGACAAAAUUACUUGCUGGAGGAUCUGACUUGCUCCCAAACAUUUUUAAUGCCCAUCUUUGUCCUGUACUUAAAAUGGAACGAUAAUUCACAGAAUGUGAAGCUUCAAGUUAACUUCCCGCGUGGUGUUAGCAUGCGAGUGGUUUACAAAAGAGCAGCCACGUUGCGCAGUUUGUCCAUGGCUUCUUCCCUGCGUUUGGAGAGCUCCUGUUCCUGAUCAGCGUAGGCUUGCUUCGCCAUUUUCUUACCGAGCAACUUCUCCAUGUUGCUGCACUGCUGGACGACGGCUUCGCGCACCUCCCUGGCAGCAACAAGUGCA